CCAUCAAAACAGUUGGCGAGGCUCCGAUUCAUCGCAGUCCGCGCCCGUGGUGUAGAGCUGCCGGUCCCCCACCUCUAUAACAAUAUAAACCUAGUCCAUAGUAAGCAUCGCGAGUGUCAAUGAAUGUCAGUGAAUCAGUGGUUACCCGGUUUCGAUUGUGCCAGUGAAAAAAAACCGACAUGAUUAAAGUAUCAACAGCCUUUUUAAAACAGUUAUGGCUGACAUUUGGCGCUUCGCUGGCAUUUUUAAUCAUCGGGCUAGUGAGAGGGUACUCCGCGUCUGCUCUGCCGUCCAUCGAGGCUAUUGAACCCAAUCUCAUCCAGACUAGCGAACAAAAAUCAUGGAUAGGAGCCAUUCCCCCGCUCGGCGCGUUCGUUGGCAGCAUGAUGUCGGGCGUGAUCAUGCAUCACGCGGGCCGCAAGCGCACGCUGCAGCUGGCCGCGCCGCUGUGGGCCGCCGGCUGGCUGCUGCUCGGCUUCGCGCCGUCUUUCCCGCUCGUCCUCCUGGCUCGCUUCUUGGACGGGCUCUGCGUCGGCUUCACGCUGGCGCCUGCGCAAGUUUACGUGAGCGAGUGCUGCGACCCGGAAAUCCGGGGGCGGCUGGGGUCGCUGCCCACUCUCUCCAUGUCGCUGGGAAUACUCCUAUCAUAUGUCGCGGGCAACUGGCUUUCCUGGAGGCACCUGGCGUUCUUCUCCGCUACAUUCUGCGGUGCCCUGUUCAUGGUGCUCCUGCCGCUGCCCGAGUCACCCGUGUGGCUGGAAUCGAGGGGCCUAGACGCCACGGCUGCAAAGAAAUGGCUUCACCUCUCCUCGCGAGCUACAGCCGUGGUCAAGGAAGAUGUGCCAGAGAAGUCGGACGCGAAGGCACCGGAGGUGGCCCCGCCGAGCCUAUUCACGCGCGAGGCCUUCUUCUCGCCUUCAGUCAUCAAGCCUCUCAUCGUCGGCUUCUCGCUGCUCUUCUUCCAGCAGUUCAGUGGCAUCGACGCCGUCAUAUUCUUCACUGUUGAAAUUUUCCAAAGUGCAGGAAGCACUCUGAAUCCUAUGAUGGCGACGAUUAUAGUUGGCGUUGUGCAACUGGUGUGUAACGGAGUGAGCACCAUGGUGGUGGACCGCGCAGGCCGGCGGCCGCUGCUGCUGCUGUCUGCUGCAGUCAUGUGUGCCUCCAUGUUGGCCAUGGGCACCGCUUACUACAUGGAACUGCAGCACUCGGCGUGGCUUGGGUACCUCCCAGUGGGCAGUUUAGUGGUGUUCAUGGUUGGCUUCUCGCUCGGGUUCGGCGGGCUGCCCUUCCUGCUGCUGGGCGAGCUGUUCCCCGCGCACCACCGCUCGCAGCUCUCCGCCAUGGCGAGCGCCGUCAACUUGCUGUCUAUGUUCACCGUUAUCAAAUCCUUCCAUGCGUUAGAGUGGGUUAUCUGGCUUUGCGCCCUUGCUUGGUCAACGACCAAAUGCGAGCCUCCUGUAAACAGCUACCUCCCGCCAUCUGCCGGUGGCAAUGGCCGACCAUCUCCAGAAUAUGGGCCUCCCGGAGCCAACAACGGAGGCCGUGGUAAUUCCCGAGAUCCUAGUACUUUCGGAGGUCCUAGAGGCCGCUCGGGUUCAAGACCAGAAAGCCAAAGUCAGUCUGGCGACUCUUACUCGCCCCCAGGACAAUUGCCAUCGAAUAAUUUAGACACGGAGUAUGGACCACCUUCAGCACAAGGUCAGGGUCGCGGCGGACCUGGUUCUCCUCAAGGUGGUUUUGGAGGUAGCCCACAAGGUGGUUUUGGAGGUAGCCCACAAGGUGGUUUCGGAGGAAGACCAUCUUCUCAAGGUGGUUUCGGAGGAUCAUCGAAUAAUUUAGAUACGCAGUAUGGACCACCUUCAGCACAGGGGCAAGAUCGUGGUGGAGCUAGCUCAUCUCGAGGGGGUGGUUUUGGAGGAAGGCCAUCGCAAGGAGGAUUUAGUUCCCGGCCACAACAAGGACAAGGAAGCUUCAACGCUCCGAGUGCUGAAUACGGUGCCCCGGAGCAGGGCCUCGGUUCCUUUGGCGGGCAAAGAGGUCAAUCACCGCAGCAAGGAAAAGGAGGGUUUAACUCUCCGAGUUCUGAAUAUGGCGCUCCCGGGCAGGGCCCUGAUUCGUUUGGACAACCAGGAGGAUCCUCUUCAGGUGUAGGAGGAAGGCCUGGAAGUGGCGGACGACCACAAACAAGCUACGAUGCACCAAAUCAGGGUUUAGGUCAGUCACCCGGAGGUGGAAGGGCUAGAGGACAAGGCGGUCAAGGAGACCAAGGCCGUGGCCAACGGCCGGAUAGUUCGUACGGCCCACCUGCUACCGGCGGAUUCCAACAACCGAAUAACCAGUUUGGUGCUGGAAGUCAGUCGCCCAAUUCCCAAAGAGCACCAGAAUCUUCUUAUGGAGCUCCGAAGGCUAACGGGCCGCAGGGUGGAUUCGGGGGUCAGCCGUCUGGUGCACCCUCCUCGUCGUACGGGGCGCCUGGCUUCGGUGCUGGUGGUAGUGGGGGCGGUGGUCGAGGUGGCUCUGGCAACAGCGGUUCUGACUUUGGGGAUAACGGAUCUGAUGAGCCCGCUAAAUACGAGUAUAACUAUGAAGUGGACGAUGCGCAGACAGGUACUAAAUUUGGUCAUUCAGAACAACGUGACGGCGACGUCGCCACUGGGGAGUAUAACGUAGUACUGCCCGACGGCAGGAAGCAGGUCGUCGAGUACGAGGCGGGCCUGCAGGGAUACAAGCCUAUGAUCCGAUACGAGGGUGGAGCUGUCGGCGGCGGGUCCGGAUUUGGCACGGGUGGAAGUUCCGGUGGUGGAGCUCAAGGCUACCCUCGCGGCGGCCCGGGCGCCGGUGGCGGCGGUUUCUCUGGAGACAACGAUAUCGGCUAUCCGCAGGGCGGACCAAGCCAAGGAAAUUCUGGGUUUGGACCACAAGGCAGCCAAGGUGGUUCCCAGGGCUACGACGACCAGUCCCAGGGAGGCCAAUCAGGAUAUCCAAGAGGAGGACCUGGAGGCGGUAGAGGCCAACAGCUUUCUGGGGAUCUUAGGGCCCCUCAGAGACAACAGAACGGUCAGGGUAAUUCCGGGUACCCGUCCGGUGGCCCCGACUCGAACGGGUUGGAAGGCUUGAAUGGUGAUAGUGGUUACCCUAGCGGUAGACCUCAGGGCGGUAGAGGAUUUUCCAGUGGCGGACAAGGGGGUGACGAAGGAUACCCCAGCGGCGGUCCGAGCGGCAGAGGACAGGGGGGCUUCGGCUCUCCGGAUAGACUCACUGCUGACAACGGAUACCCAAGAGGUGGCAGCCAAGGAAACAGAGGAUCAGGGGGUCGAGGCGGAGACGAAGGAUACCCCAGCGGUGGCCCCAAUGGUCCAAGGGGCUCUGGCUAUUAAGAAAUACAAUAAAAACUCUUAUGUACAUUACGCUUUCAUAACGUCAAACGAGGCUAGAAAAUAAGAAGCAUUGUAAAUAAAUGUUUUAAUAAUAAAAUUACAUUUUUAU